AUGAAGUACCAAGAUAUCCCAGAAAACGACAGUGAAGAGGUUGAAUGGUCCAUGAUCAACGGGGAAAGACACAAGAGCAGAAUGUGGCAAUACUUCGUCCAUACAGCCUUGUGCGUCAGCGUCCUGAUCAAUGUGAUCUGGCUAUUCAAGAUGAACCAGCCAUCAACGGAUAUUAUGAUUCCAAAUCCCGUCUUCUCACCAGCCAACCGCAUCGUCCAGUACAGGAGGCAAACGUUCUCCAGUGGCUUUGACGGCCAGAAAUCGCCAUAUAUGGGUCCGCCAAGUGAGGCCUAUGACAAGGCAUGGGAGGAUCUGUAUAACUAUGGAAUCAUCAAGAUCCCGACGUCCGAUGCUGCGAAGCUAGUCAACCAUACCCUCCCUCUAUCUUCAGAGCCCGGUAACUACGUCGUCGAGAUUGACGUCUUCCACCAACUCCACUGUCUACACCACCUCCACAAAAAGGCCUGGGGCCACGAGAUGGGCGUCAAUGAAAGCGAUCCCGAGGAAGUCCGGAGGUUCUGGACGCAUCUCGACCACUGCUCCGAGUCCCUGCGUCAGAGCCUGAUGUGUUCGUCCGAUGUGGCGCCGAUUACUUGGGUGUGGUCGGAGGAGCAUCACCGAUGGCAGGCGGAUGGCCGGGUCGUGCAUACUUGUCGUGAUUUCGAGGCUAUCAGAGAGUGGGCGUUUGAGAGGACGGCGGGCGUGGUGGAUUUUGAGACUUGGGUGCCGGAUCCGUUGAAGCGGGAGGUCUGA